CCAGCCGAGCCAGCCAGGAAAACAACAACAACAACAUCGCGCGCGGAAUGCGAAGACUAUCGAGACAAGCGAUUAAGAUUUUUCCUAUUAAUCAAGGUUAGGCCAGUUCGACUGCUUGCUCUUAACAUGUCUGUUUGCUAGCUUGUGUCCAAGGAGGCCUAUCAAGAUCAGCAUGGCCAAGGCAAGUGAUCCUGAUGACCUUGAGAAAGUGCUUCAACGGUGUUUCAACAUCUGCAUCACCCGUCAAGAUCUGGAGGCCCCAACGACAGCCGUGGUGACCCGUGUGCUACGUGGAGCCUUUGAUACAUUUGGCUUGAAUGAUGCGGCUCUGGAAGUGCCUUGCUCCCUACUUCCCAGUGAAGCUAUGCACAUUGAAGGCUCAGUGACUCUGUCCCACUACCUGAAGCUGAUGCAAACAGUCUUUGCACUCUUGGGUGUCAACGAUGUGGGCCUGCAGGACCUUACCAAUCCAAAACCCAAGCGCAUUCGUCGGCUUUUCAAGAUCCUCGUCAAUAAUUUGCUCUACACUACCAGCGUCUUCACCAAGUACACGGACAAGCUCAAGGAUCAGCUUAAGGCCAAGGCUCAGGGGGAACAUGUCCUAAGCAUGCUCAAUGCGAUGACGGCCAAGGCGAACAAGCUGGCAACUCAGCUCCACAACGGGGGUGAGCAGCAACAGGCAAUUGCUGAAGAGCUUGCGGCCUGCGAGAAAACACUGGCUGCCUACGACGUGAAGAAAACUGCCAUCAUGUCAGACUACAAGCAGCUCAAGACGACCCUGUGUGCCUCUGCUGAAGCAGUGCAGAAGGCAGAGUUGGACAUCAUGAACCUCAAGGAAACCCUGGAGGAAAAACGGGCUGCAGUGUGCAAGGACCCAGCUGCGUGGAAGGAAAAGACUUCAGCAGAUGCAGAAACUCUGGCUGUCUUGAAAUCUGAAAUUGAGAAGUUGCGAGCUGUUGUGUCUGCUGUGAAUGAAAAGAUAAGCCUGGCCCCCCGCAUCAGUGAGGAAUAUCGGAAAACUUUGGAAAGCAUAACUGAGAUGGAAGGCCGGUCCGCUGAAGCAGAGGCAUUGCAGCAGAGGAAAGCAGUUCAGGAGAAAAAGCGGAUUGAACUUGAGCAAUUGCAUUAUGCAUUGCAAAAAAAAGUGGAGCUCGCUACGGAGGAGCUGAAGCGCCUCAUGGAGAAGCAGCCGCAUGACGUUGGUCUUCAGUCCCGCGAGCUGCGCAACCAUGACGCUCGGCAGCAGCUGCAGCAACUCAAGGCAGCAGUGAAGCAAGCGAGAACCAUUGCCAUUACUAAGCUGUCUGAGCUGGAUGCAAGAAUUUCAAGCACACAGGAAGAAAUCGGCAUGCGUGAGAAGGCAAUGGAACGGCACGUUGCCAGGAACCAGCGGAUUAUUGACAGGAUGUUGGAAUAUCUGGAUCUUCUGGUGGAGCGCUUUGAAACUACUUAUAAUGAGGAUGGUCUUCCACAGUUGUGUAGCGAGGACGAAUCACCUCAGACCACCAGCAAGGACGAACAGCCGCAGUUAAGCCCCGAGGAUGGACAACCAGAGUUGUAAUGGCAAACGGGAAAAAAAAAACUGCUUGGCUGUGUGAUGUUUUUAUAUUUUUGAUUUAUUUUUAUGCAUAUUACCUUGUAAAUAAAGUUCUAUUUUGUAUGUGCAAACAA